GGAUUACUACGGACGGCCUAGUUACUACCCGUAAUAGGUCGAAGCCCAGCCUCACGGGUGUGCAAGCAUCACUAGCUCAGCAUUUUAUGUAGGUACGCAUCGCGGGUAGGAUCCGAUGCCGGCUGGAAGCUAGCAUUAUCACCUUCAGCCAGGGCAGGUCCCUGAUGCGUUACGAUCUGCAUCAUGCCCCUUCAUUAUCCGUUCUCAUUGGACAAUCCCUUUCUCGAAAGGAUCGAUGGCCUUCAGAAUUUCAUUGAUUGCCAACCUCCCGGCCACCUGAAAUCUAAUAAAAAGUCCGCCUGUCCGACCCCCAGGUCGUGUCGGGUCCCCUCCCUCGUCUCAAUGUCGUUCGUGGUCUGCUAUCGCUUGACACGUGGGUGACUUCCAGCCCCAGCCCGUUACCAUGCGUAUCAAGACAUCCUCCCUCCUGGUCGCCGUCUCGGUCGCGUCCGAAGUGUCCGCGUUGCCAAACAGCGCGCCGUGGUGGAAGCCGAGGCCGUGGAAGCCCCCGCACCAGCAUCCCUUCCGCAAUGCGGACCUUGGCCCGCGUCCGCAGUUUUUGGUGAACGACAUGGAUGAUGGCUGGCUCAAGGACCGGCUAUCUGCCUGCUCCGAGAUGGAAGCCUGGCCGUCCAAGUUCAGCAUCGGUCAUCGCGGCGGGGCCUGCCUGCAGUUCCCCGAGGAGACGCGGGAAUCCGUCGAGGCCGGUACGCGCAUGGGCGCUGGGAUUCAGGAGUGCGAUGUGGCCUUCACGAGCGACCGCGAGCUCGUCUGUCGCCACGACCAGUGCGACUUGCACACGACCACCAAUAUCGUCGCUACCGAUCUAGGCGCUAAGUGCACGACGCCCUUCACCCCUGCGCGGGACGGUACGCCGGCAACCGCCAGGUGCUGCACGAGCGAUAUCACGCUGGCCGAGUUCAAGUCCCUGUGCGGGAAGAUGGACGGGUCCAACGCCUCGGCCACCACACCCGAGGACUUCUUGCGCGGCACGCCGUCAUGGCGGACCGACCUCUACUCGACAUGCGGCACGGUCCUCUCGCACAAGGAAUUCAUCAAGCUCGUCGACUCACACGGCCGGGAUUUCACUACCGAACUCAAGGAGCCGCGCGUGCCGAUGCCAUUCGAUGGCGACUACACGCAGGAGAGGUACGCGCAGCAGGUUAUCGAUGAAUAUCGGGCCGCCGGUAUCGACCCGUCGCGCGUCUGGCUGCAAAGCUUCGUAUUUGCAGAUGUCGCCUACUGGUUACGCGCUGACCCGGCCUUCGGCGAACAGGCCGUACUCCUAGACGAGAGCGGCGACACCCCCGAGACCUUCCCCGACGCGGUCGCCAACUUAACCUUCUACAAACAGGCCGGCGUUAAGGUCAUCGCCCCCCCGCUGCCAUAUCUCGUCAUCCUCGGGGCAAACAAUGAAUACGUCCCUUCGAUCUAUGCGACGACGGCACGGAAGCUGGGUUUCAAGAUACUAACGUGGUCGCUUGAACGCUCGGGGCCCUUAGCGCAGGCUGCCGCCAACAAUGACUACUACUACUCGACUAUCGCUAAUGGCACACACACGGAUGGUGACAUGUAUAGGCUCGUCGACGUUCUGGCGCGCCAGGUUGGAGUCCUUGGGAUCUUCUCGGAUUGGUCUGCGACUGUUACCUAUUACGCGAACUGCUUUGGCCUUUUCUAGAAGACGAACUGCACACGGAUAUGAGGACUUUAGGUUGAAGAAGGUACACCAUUCUCAGAGCCUACACAACACAUAUACCGCCCCUCCCGCUGCGUAUAUAACGCCCUGGACACUACUAUUCACGCAGAGAGCUCUAUAUGUCCGUAGCAAGUUAAGAGGCUAUCUCAAGCGAAUGGCUCCCUACCUUGAAGCAACCCCUACGUAUGUCGUAAUAGGUGCAUCAUAUCUCAGGCGUGUGUGGUAUACGCUCCAGAGGACAGCAUGGAGU